GCAGUGACUGUAAAUGUACAGGCUGUAGUUGGCUGAAGUGAGAUCAGAUACUGAAGGGGCAAAAAUAAUCUUCUAAACCAUAUAGAUGUCCAUAGAAACACAUAUAUACAAUCUGAGUUUUCACUAAAAUGAGAUGCUGCGUUUUACUGCACAAAUAGCAGAAUUCUUGUGAUAAGAAUUUGAGAAACUAGAGGGAAAAAAAGUUAAUGUUUGCUGCUUCAGUUCUGCUCUCAUUACAGCUUUUGUUCAAACACCAGUUCAUUGUCUGGACACUAGUGGCAAAUGUCUGACUCGACCUUUUAGAUGAGAACAUACCAUCAGGUGGCGCAAAGGGAUAUGUGACGAAUUUUUAAUAUUAAAGUCAUUAAUUUAUUUACAUGGCGAAAGGGAAGAAUCAGCAUCAUGUUGAGAAGGGGAUCAGAUCAUACAACAGCGUUUCUCAGCUCCUUUUAGGCUCAACGCGGUGAAAAUCUGGCGAUGACAGGAUCUGUAGCGCAGCCUGAGGAGAAAUUUAACUGAUUAAUGAGGCAGACGGACAGAGAUUCUGCUGAGUGGAUCCUGAUUUCGUCUUUCUGGAGAGCGAUAUAUCGACUGCACGACUUGCUUGAAUAUUCCCCGUGAAGAUGGAGUUUGGGGAAAGGAAGAGGAGAAGGAAGUCGCAGAGCUUUAAACUGGUCACGGAUGAAGAUUUCAACCCUUCAUACAUGAUGAACUCCAGCUGCAAAGAUGCCAAUGGCGUCCCCAAAGAUGCUGCUGCUGUGCCUGAUGUUUGGCUUGGGGACGAGGGUAUGGAGAUCAAAAAGCAAAUCACAGGGAUGAUGAGGCUUCUGAGUGAUAAGACCGGCAGGGUGUAUCAGCGUGUUGCAGCAGAGCAGGACGGCUCAACAAAGGAGCCCCAGGACAGACAUCUGAACUGGGCACAUCAGCCUGGACUUUCGUCUGUCAUGUCAGAGGAUCACCAGAGCAACAGCUGGAACUCUGCAGGGGAGCCGGGGCCUUCACCUCCACCCGUAUCCACCUCCAUCCCCAACGGUCCAGGCUGCGGCCAGUACAGCACCCGCUCCAGAGCCCUCAGGAUCCUCAACAACACCAAGGAUUUAAUUAAAGUGAAUGAGGCUAAUGACGUGGUCCCCCCUGCUGUGCCAGAAGCCCCCUGCUGCAUGUGUAACUGUAAGGGCACCCUGCAGGCUAUUUUGCAGGAACUACGAGCCAUGAGGAGGCUCAUGCAGACUCAAAAAGCGUCCCUUGAAAGGCAGGAACAGACAGCAUCACCAUGCCAACCCCGUCUUGGUCCAGGCCCCACUCCUCGCCGGAGGCCCCGAAAGAGGAGGCCGAUCUAUAAGGUGGCUCCAGUUGCUGUAACAAGCACCAGGAGAGCUGCCCUGAGUCCUCUGAAGGCAUCACCGCUUCAAGCUGCACCUGCAGAGUCUGGAAAGAGGGAGGAAUGCGAGAAAGACUCAUCGCCACCCAACAUCCAUCCCAUCUCCUCUGAUGUUUCUGUGCUGCCACCUCAGACUGAUCCAGCAACUGUCAACAACACACACAGUCCUCUGCUGAACCAACUAAAGGAACCUCAGGCAGUGGAGUCUGAGGUGCGUCUCGCCGAGGAUUAUGAUGUGUUUAUCUCAAAGGCACAGCUAGACUCCAUUCUGGUCAACUAUACACGUUCUGGCAGCCUGCUGUUCCGGAAACUAGUGUGUGCCUUCUUUGAUGACGCCACUCUGGCCAACUCCCUGCCGAACGGUAAAAGGAAGCGAGGGCUCAAUGAUAAUCGUCAGGGCUUGGACCAGAACAUUGUGGGAGCCAUUAAAGUGUUUACAGAGAAAUACUGCACUGAACACAGAAUAGAGAAGCUGCCUGGACCACGAGACUGGGUUCAGAUCCUUCAAGAUCAGAUCAAACUUGCAAGGAGGAGGGUGAAGAGAGAUGCUGCAGAAGCAGAAGACGUCUCUAAUGGGCCAUCCACAAGUUGUGAUUUGAACAAGCCUGCCAGUGUGGAAUGGACAGUGGUGAAUAUUACUGGUUGAUUCAGCAGCUGCCACAAUGCAGCAGAUUCGCUGUCCUCAUUAUUGUUCCAGACUUGAUGCAUUUUGACACGUAUUUCCUUUGCAGCUAUUAACUUCUAUGUGUAAUGGAUGUAAAGGGAAAUAACACUAGGACCAAAUGAAUAAGAAGCCUAAUGAUAUCCUCACUCUCUGUAUUGCGCACACAUACAUUGUAUAUUUGUGAUCCUUAAGACUUUUAAUUGGAGACAUAUUAAACCACUGGUAUCUGAGAUUUUGUGCCAAAAAAUAUGAAACUAUAAAGUGGUUGAAAAAAUUAAAGAAGUGACUUAAAGUUUACAUUAUAGGCAAGGGUACUUGUCUAGUUUUCAUGCCAUUUCUAAAAAGGGUCAAGUCUCAAAUGAGACAAAGUACUGUAACAAUAUAUAACAUUCAUAUAUUUUGCAGAAAUUACAUUUUACAGGAAGUUUUCCAUUGUGGAUUGUGCCUUUUAAGUGACCAGUACUUCAGUGGGUGUAAUGUCCAGUGCAGCAUCCACCUUAUUUCUAAACGUUACAUCAAAAAGUAAAUAUAUGAUGUUGUCAAAUUUUGCAAAUUAAAAGACAGGUUUAUAGGCUACAUCGGGUUAAAAUAUAUAGUAUUAUAGGAAUAUUUUUUUUUAUUAUUAGAAUCUGUAGGCUAUACAUAUCAAUGCUAUUGUUGUCAAUAUUGUGACGAAAUUAUGUAUUUUUCUUUCAUUUUUGCUCACUAUAUAUGGAGUUGAUAACUGUCUCCAUUAAAUAAGUUUCUUGA